AUGCAAAAAAAUGUUAAGAAUUUACCUGAUAAAUUAUCUAACAAAUAUGUUGUAUCAUUAAUUUCACAAAGAUUAUCUAGAAAUUAUACAGAAGAUAAGUUUUUGAAAAGUACCAAUAAUUCUAAUAAUAUUGCUAAGAUAGAUAAUAUAAAUAUAAAGCUAGAACAAAUCAUUAUUAGUGAAAAAAAUAAAGAAAGAGAAACUAGAAAUUCUUAUUGGUAUAGUAAGGUUGAACUACUUGCAUUACAUAUUAGAAAUAUUAGUAAGCAACUUUACAUAUCUAGAUUACAUAUAUCAGUUGAUAAUAUGAUGAUACAUUUUUCAGGACAUAGUAGUUAUACUUUUUGA